AUGUGUGCGGCAAGUGUCCCGUUAAUGCGAAAAACAUCUUCUUUGUCGCACAAGUUACAUAAUUGGAGGCUUAACGAGCGCGUCCGACGCGCCAGAAUCUAUGGUCAUAUGAAUAAUCGACGCCCCGCAAGCCGACGUCUCUCUUUGAGGUUGAUAUACAUAAAUGUACGAGCUCCUACGCAGGACCGAUCAACAGAGACCACGCGAGUGAAUAUCGAUUGCUAA